AUGGAGCAAAGCGGCGAGAGUGGCGAGAGCGACAGUGAGAUGUCUGAGGAGGAUCCAGAUCGUCCGGAUCCCUCUGCCUCACCUCCGCGAGCCAAAAAACAGGAACAACAAGAACGGCGCCAUGUGGUGGACAACGAAUCUGGCGUGGCACUACUUCUUGAGACCCGCCGAGGCCGUCGACCUCGAAGAGGCCGCAACACCACGGUCAGGGCCUGGCGCUUUGGAAACUUGGUCUGGGAGUACAAGAUCCGAGGACGUGUAGAGCACACGGCGGUGGCUGAGGGCUUCGUUGCUUUUGCUACGCGAGCUGCCCUGCAUUUACUAAGCACCGUUGGAGGGUACUUGCUGUUCCCGCCGAUGGUCCUCGACAGCCCGGUCUUGCAGCUAGACAUCCGAGCUGGAGGGUUCUUGGUGGUCUUGGGCCAAGACAGUGGCCUACGAGUGGUGGAUCUUCGCGGGCGGCUGUUGGUGCAGACGGUGCUUCGCCACUUCUGCGAGCUGCCAGCACUGGAUUACCCAGCAAGGGAAAGGGCCUGCACGGCUACGCUCUUUGAAGAGGCGCAUGCGGCGCCAGCGAUCGGUGGCUUAGUCUUGACGCAAGCCCUGCACGAGUUCACGCUGCCACCCGAAGUCGUGCUGUAUGAGCCAUCAGCCCAUGACAUUCAUCGCGGUGGCGCCCCUCUGCCGGAGGGAAAGACGGGAAACCGCUUAAUCUUCCUCAACGUGCCCUUGUUAGACUUCGAGCAGAAAGCGCUCCAAAGCCUGCAUGACGCCCUGAAGGAUGAAAAGGCCUUGGCCCCUGAGGGUGACGGCGUGAUCCCUUCCUACGUACGAUUGCAUGCCCUGCGGAUAUUGCAGCAGUCCAAGUUGCGUGUGGACAAAGCCCUCAGCACUAUCGCCACACACUUGGAGAUGCGAGUGCAGAAAAUGCCUGUGCACGAGGAAUCCGUGCUUGCCGAUUUGAAAAGCGGCAUGAUGUAUUGGCAUGGGAGAGAUCGAUCCUGUCGCCCAGUGCUCAUUUGGCGGAUGGAGAAGAUAUCCAAAUUUGAUGCAGACCGUGCCACGAGGAUGAUACUGUUUAUCCUCGAGUUUGCCGUGCGGUACCUGAUGGUCCCAGGGCGAGUCGAGAACUGGGUGCUUAUUGUAGAUUUGGCGGGCUGUGGCCUGUCGAUGGCGGCUGCGUCUUCCUUCCGGACCGUUUGCAGGAAUGUCACCCGACUACUGGAAGAGGUCUACUGCGGCCGGAAUUUCACAACGAAGAUCUUCCACAUGCCUUCAAUUGUCAGGGCGAUUGUCAACUCGCUCAUACCUGAAGACAAGAAAUCGAAGGUCGACUUCGUGGCAGAUGCCGACAUUGCAAAGUCCAUGAGGCUGAUGUGCGAACCCCAUCAACUCGAAGAGCAGUAUGGAGGCACAGCUCCCAACGUGCGGGAGGGCGAGGCCUUUCCCUUCCGCUUCUUCCCCCACUGCCGCGGGCCGAAGAGCGGGGGUUCGCCCCCGCUGCCCUCGCUGCACGACGUGGCCGACCGCUCGUUUCACGAAGGCUUCUCCCUGGAUCUCUUUGAAAAGGCGCAGGCGAUCUGGCGACCUUUCGUCGCUCACCAGCCACUGACCAAAAUCGGAGCUGAAACGGUUUCAAAGCUUCUGGCAGAGAAGGUAGCUCCAACGGAGACUCUGGACCAGUGGCUGGCUUUGCAGAGUCCCGAUGCCGCAGGCAAGUACACUGCGCACAAGGUAUCGGCAGGGCCCGCAGAGGCCCAGGCUCCGGCAGCUGAGCCCGACCCGGUCUCUCCCACAUUGUCGAAUGCCGAGACUGGAGCUGGGGAGGCAGCCGAGAGCAAUGAGAUGGACAAGGACCAGGUGGAGAAAGAGUUUGGCUCCUCACUCGUCAUCAAGAAGGACGAGGUGUUUCCGAUUCUUGAGGAGGAAACAAAGGCAGCAUGCUGUGUGUGUUCGCUCUGA